GGUGGCGCACCUGCCGAGUUUUGCAGUGGACGUUUAAAAACGAAGUAAGGCUAUCGCGUCAUAGCCGCAAACAUAGAAAAGAGGUCCUAAUACAAGAAGAAACCCAACAAGAAUUACCGUUGAUUUGGGGUGCGUGUCGAAACUUAAAAAAAAAAGAAGAGAACAUAUCUUACAUCAUUGGAGUUAUACACAUAGAGAAGCAGCGGUUUACAUACACAUUGGUGUGCGUGUGUGUUGAUGGAUCAGGCUGACACGCAAAACACCUUUGACUUUGACGUAUAAUUCCCGUUUUUUAUUUCAGAUUAGGUGCAUGUCGUUGAAGUCAGAGGCGCCGCACACCUCACACGACGCGUCUUUCCUCUCGCCGCCGCAACGGGGUGGAACGGGCCUUCUUUUUAUUGUGCACGCAACUGCUUGUACUUUAUGAAGGGCUCACAGAAGUAUUCUACAAACCAUCGAGCAAUGGACACGCAAACGCCAACGUUUUGUGAUUUGCGAGACACACUGACACAGAGCUCGCUAGCUUCGGAUACAAUGGCAGAGGAUGAGGAUGAGAAUGCACUGCGUCACAUCCCUGGGCGAGCGCCGUACCAGACGGGAGAUGACACGCUGCCCUCUCCACCGGCCACACUGCAGCUUCAUCCGUUCUGCGUAGGUGAAGACGCUCUGCAUCAGUGGGAGAGCAAAAACACCUCUGACCAGCUGCCGCCUCCGCAGUGGAUGCUGCAAGAAACCUUGGUGGAGGAAGGAGAAGCAGACGUCGGUGAGGAAGACAGACUUCUGGAAAACUACGGCAACGCAGUGUGUACAGCUGAGGGAAACGUGAUGCAUGCUGAGCCCGCGUUCGACACGAUUUGCAUGGAAGAAGAAGGAGACGAUUGCGCCGUGAAAGCGCACACCUCACCGCUUCCGGUGAAGGACGUGUCGCAGCGCAGCAGCUCUGGGUCUUCUGCCUCCAGCAGCCCUGAGGCGGUCUUUGACCCAUCGCAUCCGCCAGCCACGUCACCGCGGGCGAGGCAAGCUGCGCUCAGAGACUCUUCCUUGCUGUCAGGGAUGAACGACACGUCAGACAGCGAAGAAGAAAACGCAACGCCGUCCUCGUCGGGCUCGACGCCUCUCAUCGAAGUUCCCCUUCCUGCCGCACUACGGGACGAGCCCAACGCCCAAGCGACGCAGCAGGUGGAAGCAUAUGCGGACAGGGCGACCGCUGCUUCACGGUCGCAUCGUCCCGCUGUUCUCGUGUCACCGGCCAUGGCGGAUGAUUCCCCUGACAACCAAGCCUGGAUUUCGCCAGGACGUGCGGACACCGUGGACGGUCCGACACGCGCCUCGGCGGAGAGAAGAGACGAGGAGCAAGGCCGCGGAACUUGCUGCGCAACGAACGAUACAUUAGAAGACAACAGCAAGGAAGACAUGACAGAGCCCUACCAGGCAGGAGCGCGCGCCUCCGCUUCUCGUUCUCGCAAGACGAACGAAGCCGUGCCUUCUCGAAGUGUAUCGAAUACCGGUGCAUGGAGAAGUGCAUCCCUCAUCUCCCCUCCGCAGCCGCCUGUUGUUCCUUUGCUCACUUCGUCAACGCUGUCUUCCCCAUCAGCCGAGCCACGGCAGCCCUCUGUCACGGCACCAAGCCAGCAAAUUGCCCUCUCACCACCGUCACCACUACCGGAUCAACUGCCCGAUACACCACGCGGCGGCACGAACACGGCGGAGGAGCUCUCACCGGCAACCAAAGGUGCACUGCAACGACUACGUUUGCAGCUCAACCAGGCUGAGCGAGCAGCGGCGCUGCAACAGGCACUCUGUGAGGCGGCCCAUCAUGAAAAGGAAGACGUGCAGCUGCAACUGGAUGCGUUACUGCGCAUUCAGUCCGAGCUGGAGCGACGUAGUCAGCUGCAUGAGGUGGCUUUCGCUGAAGCCGAGCAGCGACACGCCGCGGAGAAGCGGAGGUGGGAGGCAGAGCAGCAGAAGACGCUGUCGCAGCCGCAGAUGGCACACGAUGCGCAACUUCGAGAAACGCAAGACGUAGUCGACGCCCUGCGAGCCCAACUGGGGAACUCGAACAACGAGGUGCAGACACUUCGUUUACAGCUGGCCGAGGUACACGAGGAGUUGCGUGCUCUCAUGGAGGAGUACUUGAACGGAAAACAGCAGCUACUUGAAGCAAGACAUGCACAGGCUGACGCAGCACAGCAGUGUGCCUCCCUGAAAUUAAAGACGGAGGACAGCGUAAAGGCUGCGCAGUCUGCGCGUCUGCAGAGCCUAGCAGUUAAACAUCUGAGAGCAGGCUUGCAGAACGCAGAAGAACGCGCAGUCGUGUCGCAGCUUGCAUUUCGCAUACUGUGUGAACAGCUUGCAGUUGUUCUAAAGCAGCGAAACCCUCCCAUGGAUUCAUGCGAUGUCAGCGCCUUGUCGACGUCUGGACACGCGUUGCCAAGUGUUGGCGAUGGCAGAGAUUUGACGACAAGCACACACAAAAGUGCAGCGACACAGCCUGUACGCGAUGUCGCGAGCACGCUGUAUGCCGCCAUGAGCGAAGAAGACGUGGCGGCUGCCGUGGACGCCGCGCUGUCCAAGGAAUACCUCGACCUUCCUCAACUGUGCUCUCCACCGCAAUUGGCAGCCGCGACAAUCAACCAAGGUGACGUAAAUGGCGUCCUUCCCUUUAAAGACAACGAAGCGCUCAUUACAUCUCACUUGAACGAUAAUUCGAAUCGCUCGUACAGUCUAUCUGCCGCGUGCCGUGCAUUUCUGACGCAGCGCCGGCAAGAAGUGCAGAACGUGUUGAACUUCGUUGUGGAUCAUCGCAACCGCAGCGUUCGAGAAAUGCGGGCAGCCGCUGACGCCCGGGCGGCCGAGAUGGAGCGCGUGCUCUCCACUGAGCUGCGGCACCUUCAAUCACAAAUCACCGAGCAGCAGCAAGAGACCCUGGCGCAAGGGCAACGACAUGAUGUCGCCGUCGAUGCCACGCCAAGCCUUCGCGACGUCUCGACAACCGUGCACGAUGGUGUCGCUGCGUUAGCCACGAAUACGCUGUCUGCUUCGAAAAAGAUGAGCAGUACUGCCGAAGUCAACGCUGCGGACUUCGUGAAGACCUCCUCACCAACUUCAGCAGCCGACCCCUAUACGCUCCAAGCAGCUCUUGCGGAUGCCCAACGCGCGUUACUGCUGGAGCAGCGUCACACCGCGCUGCUGCGAAGAGACGUAGAGGACCUGCACCACGCUCGCUAUACAACCACGGCACUCGCAGAGGUAGCGGAGACGCUGAAAGACGUGCGUGAUUCUAUUGCCCAGCUCGUACGCGAUGCGGUGGAUAAUAUGCAAGGCGUGGCGAUGCGGACCAACGAUGACCAGUGGCGCAGUAGGGAGCAGGAGCCCGCCGAUGAGAAGAGCCGGUGGAGGCGCCUGAGGGAGGAUGAGACGGAGAGCCCUCGCCGAUCCGCAAUGCCUACCGCGGCUACCGUUUCUGGUUCACGUGCACAAACCGUGCAUAUCGACGGCGCCCUGCUGCUAUCGGUACGGAAGGCCGUCCUUUUGGCCGAGGCGCAGGUGGAGCGCGUGGGGGAGGAGGUGCUCGGUGAGACCCGACGAGGCCGCUUCGUGGAUGCCCUCGACGCCGCUGCUGCGGCAGAGGCUCCCUCCACAAACGGGACGCCCUCCGGCCUUGAGGCAGGCGUCGCCUCGAGCGGCCGGGGUGCACCGACGCCCUCCGCCGCAUCCCGUUCGGAGAAGCAGCAGCGUAUUUACGCGGACCUGAAAGGACUGCUGCAUCGUUCGCACGUGGAGGUGAGCGGUGCUGCGCACGGCGAGACGUAUACCGCGCCGCCACCGUCCGCGUUCGUGACGCGGUACUCGCCCGACGGAUCGCGAUGGGUGGCGGGUAUCCGCCCCCCACCGCAGCGAACCUCGUCGUCGUCGGUGUUGCCAGUUGGAGCCGUCGUGUCGCCAGCACGCUCACCAGCCGCUACCUCUGCUGCUGUCCCCUCGCCGUAUGUUCGCGCGUACGUCCGCUCACUGGGAGGGGCACCGGCCGCUGUUCUAUCCACCUACACGGCGCCCACACGCCCACACGGCACCACGUCAUCGUCUACACGAUCUUCAUCCACGGCGCUGCGGCUAUUGGAGGGCAUGAUGACUACUGCGCAGGAACUCCGCAACGUAGGGAAUCUGCUGGAGGUGCUGCGCGAGAACGCGGCAACACAAGUGGAGCUGCAGCAGGCAAGCCUGCUACGGUGGGAAGAGCGAAUCACACGAGUCGUCGGGGAGGGGUUGGACAAAGUGACUGCAAUGUUGCAAGCCAUGCGUCCGCCGCUCGCUUCUCUCGAGCUCCUCCAGCGGCGUGGUCUCCACGACCGGCGAGGCUCAACGGCUCUUUUUCCAACAGCGCUCAGUGGAAUGACCGCGGAGGGUGCGGAGGACUCGCCGCGACACUCACCGCAGGGACGGCUCGCGGGUGUUUUGGCCGGUAAGCCGAUGGUGCGUGAAGCGGCAUCGACUGGCGCGGUGUGUUAUUCGUACAGUGCGUGA